AGGCAAGCUUCGUAUUGCUUUGGAUGUGGAUUACUUUGUAUGUACGAGUUAGUUGAAACUCGUUGAAUAGGAUACGUUUAAAAGAAAUUGAUCUUAUUUUAUUUGACUAUAAAGAACAAUGAACGGAGCGAUGGCCAUGGCACCAGCGACCCAAAAUAACGUGGAACCUCCGAACAAGAAACCUAGAGUUGAAGAUGUUACAGCGGAGAGACAGUACAGAAUCUGUGGCCUACGACUGAGCUGUGAUCAUGAGCGUGCGCCAAACAAAGAAAGAGAACGCUACAUUCGUUGAACAGAACAAAUCAGAGUUUUGCAAACUCCUACUGACACAGCAUCUAUUGUCGAGUACCAAAUACGAUGCGUAUUUUAGAUAGGUCAGCAUUUUAGGGUAGCCUUCUUUCUUCCUAAUUGUAAGCCUCGUUCUGCAUACAAAAUACUUAAUGAAAACAAACAAUUUUUUACUUUUUCUCUUUACAAACUAAUGUUCAAUUUACAGAGUACUAAUUUAAAUAUUUAUUUUCCUUUAAAUAACGUUUUUGAUCUUGAAUUAAAUUCCAAAAUGUAGUAGUGUACGAUAGAAGAGGCUUAUAAAGUAGGAGAAGCAAUGGCGAUGUAUGUUAUCACAUUUAUAUGUAUAUUAUAAAUAGGUAAGAUAUUUUAUUAUUAAAGAAGAAGUACGCGUUGUAAGAAAGUUAUUACAACAAGGUGUACAACUUGAGAAAAAAAAGUAAAUUCUUUCGACGAUCAAUUACGUUAGAUUUCUUGUUAAUUAGGAUCGCCAUUGCUAUAUAGUACACGCUAGGGUUAAUUGCGUGGUAGGUUGGAGAAGGCAAACUGUAAGAAAGUGGCGCAGAAAAUGCACUGAGAGUAUUCUCCUUUGCUUUGUGCUUACAGAUUUGUGCGUCGCCUCAAUCUCGGAUAGUUUGCGCACAACCGUCAUUGCUCAGCCCAGAACACGGUUAGCCGUUAAUCAAAUGAUUGAACAAAGCUAAUAUUGAUUCGUGAAAUUGCAAAAGUCAUAAAAAAAGAAAAAGAAGCGUUUCAACGUGUUCUGAUUUCUGUUUCAGAGACUAGCAGACCAAAUUGGUUAAGAUCAUACGAAACCUAAUCUAGUUAUUGGUAGUCUGAUUUUUUUGGGGGGCUGAUAGUGUAAACAGUAACGAAAUUUAAAUGAAACGUAUAGAUGCAGUGGUUGCUUCUAAACAUUGAUAUUAUUUCUAAAAAAGGAAAAAGAUUUGUCGUUAUUUCUAUAUGAAAAAGAAAAAAGCGUGGAAAAAAAAAAAGAAAUUCAUCUCUUACUGUACAUAUUUCAUGUAUUUAUGUACAAAUGUACACGUAUAAAUACGUGUAUAUAUUACAUUAUGCUAUAAAAAUGUAAUGUUACUGUUCUUGAUUGUUUUAAUUUCUUUGAACUUACAGUUUUGAGGAUGGUUCUACCGUGGGAACUGCUGCACGACGCCGUUCCUUUUUUUCAUCUCUUUAAAUCACUUUUUUUUUUCACUUGUUCAUACUAAGAAUUCUGUAAAGACCCAUGAAAGUUACUUUUACAAGAAUUUUACAGUAUAUUUAUAUAGCAAAUAUUAAAUAAUUUGGUUAAAAAUUAAUCAUGCGUACAUUUCAAAUGUUGUUUAAUUUUAAUAAACAGUAAGCAUACAAAUUAAGAAAUCAAAUCUGUAUAUCGUGUAAAUUUAAAAGUUAACAUUAGUAUUUCCAUCAUCAUAGAGAGUAAAAAUCAAGUGUUGUCAAAGUAAAUAAUUCUUAUACAAGCCCUGGGGAGUAUAUGUGAUGGUGGAAAUAUUAAAUACAAUUAUUUAUUAUGUCACACAUUUAUCUAAUGCCGAUUUUCUUCGUAGGAAGUGCAUCAGAGUUCUUGCCAGGCCCUAUAUAUGACCUUAAUCAAAUUGGACAAGUUGUUGCGGGACCUGGAGCCAAGUACCUUACACUACCUGGCAUUCUAGGUGCAGGUCUUCCGAAAAUUACAUCUGAACAGCAAGAUACAGUAAACAGAGCAAAGAAGUAUGCAAUGGAACAGAGCAUCAAAAUGGUUCUGAUGAAGCAAACCCUUGCUCAUCAACAACAGCAAAUGGCUAGUCAACGGAAUCAGGUGCAGAGACAGCAGGCUCUCGCCCUCAUGUGCAGGGUAUAUGUGGGCAGCAUCAGUUUCGAAUUAAAAGAGGAUACAAUCAGGCAAGCUUUCUUGCCGUUUGGUCCUAUCAAGUCGAUCAACAUGUCCUGGGAUCCUGUUACUCAGAAGCACAAAGGAUUUGCAUUCGUCGAAUACGAGAUACCUGAAGCAGCACAACUUGCUUUGGAACAAAUGAAUGGUGUCAUGAUUGGUGGACGUAACAUCAAGGUCGUGGGGCGUCCGUCGAAUAUGCCCCAAGCUCAAUCCGUAAUAGACGAAAUUACCGAAGAGAGCAAACACUAUAAUCGUAUUUACAUUGCGUCCAUUCAUCAGGAUUUGACCGAAGACGAUAUUAAGUCUGUAUUCGAAGCAUUCGGUCCUAUUACCUAUUGCAAAUUAGCACAAGGUAGCUCGCCUCAUCGACACAAAGGUUACGGUUUUAUCGAAUAUGAAACAAUGCAAGCAGCUUUAGAGGCUAUUGCAUCAAUGAAUUUAUUCGAUUUGGGUGGUCAGUAUUUACGUGUAGGCAGAGCUAUUACUCCACCGAAUGCUCUUAUGGGUCCUCCAAGUGGAACCAGUAUGAUGCCUACAGCGGCAGCUGUUGCAGCUGCUGCUGCAACCGCAAAGAUUCAAGCGAUGGAUGCGGUAGCUAGUAAUGCAGUUGCUCUUGGUUUGACCAAACUUGGAGCAGCAGCUCCACCGAUUUUGAAUCAAGCUUUGCCUGGCAUAGUAAGACCUACAAUCGCUCCUGCGACAAUGAUGGCACCGCCUACUAUAGCAACGGUAGCACCGGUAAUACCACCCCCUGGUAUAGCUAUACCACAGACUUUAACUCGACCGCCGGCAAUAAUUCAACCAAUACCUGGACAACCAGUUGUUAUACCGCCUCCAGCUGUUGUUGCACCCACCAUUGUAGGAACUCCUGUUAUACCAGUCACAACUACGACAAAUUCCGAUAUAAUGAGGCGAGCACAAGAGCAAGCAGCUCAUCAGAAACAGCAAGAAGAAUUGCAAAAGAAGUUGUUAGAAGAAACAGAACCACAAACGUUACAGCAACAAGAGAAUAUGUCGAUUAAAGGACAAAGUGCACGUCAUCUCGUGAUGCAAAAACUAAUGCGUAAAGUUGAAUCCCGAGUUGUUAUUUUACGAAAUAUGGUAGCUCCAGAAGAUGUAGAUGAAAGUUUACAGGAAGAAAUUCAAGAUGAAUGUUCCAAAUUUGGAGUUGUAGAAAGAGUUAUUAUUUAUAACGAACGUCAAUCUGAAGAUGACGAAGAUGCAGAAGUAAUCGUAAAAAUUUUUGUUGAAUUCUCCCAAAUGAGUGAGGCUGAACGUGCAAGGGAUUCUUUAAAUGGUCGUUACUUUGGUGGACGAUUGGUGAAGGGAGAGUUAUACGAUCAAGCUCUAUUUGACAAUAGUGACUUUUCUGGUUGAUCAAGAAAUAUUUGUAAGCUAUUGAAUUGCGCGAUUUCUUUCAUCCGAAAGAAUUUAUAUUUACUAUUGACUGAUGUUUCAUAUGUCAGCACUUGAAAUACUUCUUACGAUAAACUUCAACAAUUGUAAUCUGUCUCCUCUUCAAAAACUAGUAGAUGUUAUAGAUUUUAAUUUUUGCUUAUCUACACCUGCGUACCUUAAAAAUCAGUAGACGGAUCGAAGUUACUAAACCAGUACCUAGUAGAACGAUAUUUUUAAAAGCUAUGAUUUUAUUAAAAUAAAAAUUUAAAAGAGAUAGCAUUAUUAAUAAAUUAUUAAUAGUAAUUCAAA